AUGUGUGCCGAGCAGGAUCAAGCCAGCGCCUUCGCAAAAACCACUAAUGGCGAGUACAAGAACAGGGUCUUCGGCAAUAAAUCCCUCGACUGGAUUGAUGAACGUGGUACGGGCGCAGAACAGGACAUUCUGUUUCUCCGCAUGGGCGAAGCUCUGGCCAAGCAGGCAACGACGACAGCCUACGUUUUGAUGUUGGCGGGACAAUCAAUCGCGAACUUCUGGCAAAACCACGAGUAUUCAUCUCUUGAUGAAGACGGCGUCAAUGUCAUUGCCGUUAGUGCUCUGGACUUCAAUGACCAAAAGACUUAUGUUCAUGACCAACAUUUCGGGCGCGCUAGUAUGGCACGAAGCUUUGCCUAACGUUAUUUGAAGGUUCGAUAGGCAAGGGAAUGCUAUGUAGCAGCUAAGGACAUAAGUAUGCACAACUCGUAGGCCACUCAUUUAGAUAGAGGUAGGAGCAACACACUCCUUCCAGACGAAUACUUCAUGUUAUAUAUAAUACGUAGAUGCCAUCUUUCUAAGUUUGGAGUCUGAAAAGAUUGACAGAUCGCGCUGAUCAUGGCUUUCCAACAAGUUGCAGUGGAACCACAGGAG